UGCCGAAGAAACCCCGCCUUCCUUUCCGCGAUCGCAGGUGCUCCUUUGGUAGUUGGCGGUUGUGCGCGUGAAGAGUUUCUGCGGCGCCGGCUGGAUGUUUGCGGACUGCAGAUGUUCAGUUAUCAGCUUGAGUCCCCGAUGGAGCUGCUGUGAGCAGUGAUCAUCUCUUGGUGCUUUUCAAGAUUUGGUGUCAAUUCAAUGACUAUGGGGAAUCAGUUGGCACCUUUGCCUCCUUUCCUGCCUCACUUGCAGACUCUGCAUGUGGUCGUGGUUGGAUUAGAUACAGCUGGCAAAACAUCUCUACUUUACCGUCUGAAGUUUCAGGAGUUUAUCAAGAGUGCACCUACCAAGGGCUUCAACAUGGAGAAGAUCCGGGUGCCACUGGGAGGCUCUCGCAUCAUCACUUUCCAAGUAUGGGAUGUGGGUGGCCAGGAAAAGCUGCGUCCUCUCUGGAAAUCCUACAUGCGCCGAACAGAUGGAGUUGUUUUUGUGGUAGACUCAGCAGAGAUUGAACGUUUGGAAGAGGCUCGAGUUGAGUUGCACAGAAUUGCCCACUCCUCAGACAACCAGGGAAUCCCUGUGCUUGUGCUGGCCAACAAACAGGAUGUGGCCCAUGCACUCUCUGUACCUGAGGUAGAGAAACACCUUGGCUUACAUGAACUAUACACUUCAACGUUGAGCCACAUCCAUGGUUGCAGUGCCAUCAAUGGACUAGGCCUCCAGCCAGCUCUGGAAAAACUGUAUGAAAUGAUUCUCAAACGCAAAAAACUCCUUCGCAAUAGUAAGAAGAAGCGCUGAGAAAUGUUUCCACCUGGACAAAAGUUAGUAUUCAUUCUAAGCAUGAUUCAUGGCAACUAAUGGACCAACAAGUCUUCAGUUUCUUCCUUGGUGGUUUUUAAUUAUUAGAUUAAUGGGUUGAAUAUCUACACAUUUACCAUGUCCACUUUCCUGUUACCCUAAAGAGAAUGAGCAUCUGUCCAGACUGGAGAGGGAGAAACUUUUUUCAAAGUAGUGGGUUGUGCUGUAUGAGUUCAACAAUCCCUUCAUACUUAAGUUUACUUUUAAAAAAUAUCUUCUUGGGCUCUUUUCAAAGAGUCUUGUUUUUUACAGAAAACAACACUUAAAUUAUUAAACAGAUUGUUUUGCAGACUUGGGCAAGGCAUUCUUGUCAUCUUCAAUAUAUUAGUCAGGCAACUGGAGUAUGGAGGAGCCUACCAGCUUCUUUAGGAAAAAACAAGCAUCAGAUGGUAUUUCCUGGAAAGACCAGCAGCAUUUCACAUUCAGCAAAGCCCUGCUGGACCUCAAGGCACUAUGGAUAUCAUCACCUACUGUUCUCAGCAGUUGCAGAUUACAUGAACAAGAAGAAUGAGAAAAAGGCAGUUGCAGCUGUUUUCUAUUUUCUUGAAUCCUUCACUGUUCUAAUGAGGGCACUCUUUACUUGUUGUUUUUUUUUUAAAAAAAAGAAACGGCCAACUCUCCAAUCUCCUUAAGAGCAGAGUAUGCCUUAUUCCCAGAUAGGCUAAAGCUUUGGCAUAGUUCAUUUUAGAAAUAAAGUAUUGGCUACAGCUUUGCUUGAGAGAAUGAAUUGGCUUUGAAUGCUAUAUUUGGAAAGAAAAGUAAAGGGACAGAAUGGUUCAUGAAGUGAGAGGAUAUGAGUGGCUGUAAAAUUACAGAUAUUUCUUUUCUGAUAAUACUUCCCACUUCUAAGCACAACUACCAGAGGUCUAGAUUCGGUGCUUGGCUUAUGCUUUGACAAGAGUUUGAAUUGAGGCAGAACUUCCAAAUGAACUUUUCAAGGACUAGGUUCCUCUUACACAGUAAAGAGUAAUUUAAAAAAGCAAAGAUUGUUACAGGAAUAAAAUGCAACUGCAUGUGAUUAAUA